CCAGCUCCGCGCGCCCGCGCCCACUGCCUCCACAUCCUCGGGAAAGAAGAGGCGGAGGAAGAAGAGGAGGCGGAGGAGGGCGGAUCCUGUCUCCUCUCCGCGCCGGGGAUGUGCGGUUUGUUUGUGUUUUUGCGCCCCCCCACCGUCUUCCUGUGGCCGGCUAGCCUCGGCUGAACCGGGCCAAGGCGCCCGCAGAUCAGGGCUGUGGGUCUGGGGCGCCCCCCCCCCCGCCGCUCGGAUUGCCCUCGGGGCUGCGAGGAUGGAAGACGCGCCCCUAGAAAUUUCUGGCGGCGGCGAUGGUGGUGGUGCCGGCGUCCCUCCUCUUUUUUUUUCCACCAGCGGCAGAGCAGGGCUGUGUGGGAGGAGGGCAGGAACAGCGGCGGCGGCAGGGAUGGACUUGGUCUUUGGGAUUUCUGGCUAAAGGCAGCAGCGCAAACACGGCACGCGCCAGACCGGAGAGGAGCCCGGCGCGAGAGGAGCCCGCCGCCAGCUGCCGCCCGCGCCUGCUGCAGCGCCUCCUCCGCCGGCACAGCCCGAAGCCGCGUGCAUAAAGGGGCUCGCUUCCCGUUCCUCUCUUCGCCCUCGCCGCCUCCCCGCCUGCCUGCCUGCUGCAGCAGAUGCGCUUGGGGUCACCGCAGAGCUGGGACUAUGGUGAAAUUUCCGGCGCUCACUAACUACUGGCCCCUGAUCCGCUUCUUGGUCCCUCUGGGCAUCACCAACAUAGCCAUCGACUUCGGGGAGCAGGCCUUGAACAGAGGUAUCGCAGCUGUUAAGGAAGAUGCCGUAGAAAUGCUAGCCAGCUAUGGGUUGGCGUACUCACUCAUGAAGUUUUUCACAGGUCCAAUGAGUGACUUCAAGAAUGUGGGGCUGGUGUUUGUGAACAGUAAGAGAGACAGAACCAAGGCAGUUUUGUGCAUGGUGGUGGCUGGUGCGGUGGCUGCUGUAUUUCACACCUUGAUAGCAUACAGUGAUUUGGGGUACUACAUUAUUAACAAGUUACAUCAUGUGGAUGACUCAGUGGGAAGCAAGACGCGCAAGGCCUUCCUUUAUCUUGCGGCCUUCCCUUUCAUGGAUGCCAUGGCUUGGACCCAUGCGGGCAUCCUUCUGAAACACAAAUACAGUUUCCUGGUGGGAUGUGCCUCCAUCUCAGAUGUUAUUGCUCAGGUUGUUUUUGUCGCCAUUCUGCUGCACAGCCACUUGGAGUGCAGGGAGCCUCUCCUGAUCCCCAUCCUGUCCUUGUACAUGGGGGCACUCGUCCGAUGCACCACCUUAUGCCUGGGCUACUACAGAAACAUACACGAAAUUAUCCCAGACAGCAGUGGGCCGGAGAUGGGGGGAGAUGCAACAGUAAGGAAGAUGCUGAGCUUCUGGUGGCCUUUGGCCUUGAUUUUGGCCACUCAGAGGAUCAGCCGGCCGAUCGUCAACCUCUUCGUAUCCCGGGACCUGGGCGGCAGCUCUGCAGCCACAGAGGCAGUGGCAAUUCUGACAGCUACAUAUCCAGUGGGACACAUGCCAUAUGGCUGGUUGACGGAGAUUCGAGCUGUUUAUCCUGCUUUUGAUAAGAAUAAUCCCAGCAAUAAAAUGGUGAACACAAACAGCACCGUCAGUGCAACACAUAUCAAAAAGUUCACCUUUGUCUGCAUGGCGCUGUCACUAACGCUCUGUUUUGUGAUGUUUUGGACCCCUAAUGUGUCGGAGAAGAUUUUAGUAGACAUAAUUGGAGUCGACUUCGCCUUUGCAGAGCUCUGUGUCAUCCCUCUUCGUAUCUUCUCCUUUUUCCCAGUUCCAGUCACGGUGAGGGCACACCUGACAGGGUGGCUGAUGACCCUGAAGAAGACCUGCGUGCUGGCGCCCAGCUCUGUUCUGAGGAUCAUUGUCCUCAUCACCAGCCUGAUCGUGCUGCCCUACAUGGGAGUCCAUGGAGCUACCCUGGGAGUAGGAUCUCUUCUAGCAGGCUUUGUAGGGGAAUCAACUAUGGUUGCGAUUGCAGCGUGUUACGUCUAUCAAAAACAGAAAAAGAAGAGGAAUGACAACGAGACGGCAGCAGAAGGGGAAGACUCCGCAAUGACUGACAUCCCUCAGACAGAGGAAAUGACGGACAUCGUAGAAAUGAGAGAAGAGAAUAACUAACAAGCGGGAGAUGACUGCUGCAGGGACAACUGAAAGCAAAUUUCUUCUCUCAUACCUUCUUGUUUAUUUUUAAUAAAGAGGCCUUGAUUCCAAAGGUUUCAGGUAAUGAAUUCCCUAGCAUACUAAGUAUGCUGGCCCGGAUCAGCAGCUUAAGGAACACUCUCUGCUUUUUGUUUUUCUUCCACUGAAUUUCUUCUCUCACUCCAAACUUGGAAGAUGUGGCUGCUACACAGCAGAGGGACCCUCCAGUCUCCGGACAAUCUCCAUGGGUCAACCCAAAGUCCUCUGUUUAUUCAUGGAUUCUUCUGCCGUCCUUUCACCUCCUCCAUUGCUCCCCCACCCACCUACUCCAACACACACACACACACACACAAGUUCCUUUUUUAUUAUUAUUAUUAAUGAAAGAUUAAAAAUGCAACAUUUGAAAAAAAAACAACAUUAGCUUUAUUUUAUGUGCUUGAAAACUACUUGGUUCAGUUGACCUGUCUCAUGAAGGAUUCCUGAGUUUCGCCUUUCUUGUUCAUUCAGUGUAAUGUAUUGUGUACAAAAGAAAAAACUGAGACAGUGGUCAAGAAAGAGUAAAUGUGGAAUAUAUUAAAUAGACCAUGAUAAAUCCAGAACAAGACUUCUGUUUAGCUUGCUUAUGUCCCCCAAGAGAUAAAAUAGUCUUCUCUCUAUUUUCUGGUGGGUCAACUGUGAACUGUUAUCUGUACUACACUAACCUUACAACUAUUUUCUGAACCAGUGGUGGAUAUUUAAAUUAGAAGCUUUAUAAAGAAUACUAGUGUCCAGUGUAAACCCUUUCUUUGAUAGGCUUUUGUUGCCAUGUUCAGUGCUGUGUAGGAUACUGUGGUUGAGUUGUGAUGGAAACAGUUGUUUCCAGGGUUGUAUCAUGACAAAAAAAAACCUGAUACUGAAACCAAAGUUCUAAUCAAUUUUUAAAAAACAAAUAUAGCUGUUUGUAUCAUCUGUUCUACGAGAUACAUGCCAAUGUGCAGAGAAUAGCAUGGUAUAUUCCUUUAACGUAGAUAACUCCAUGCAGGGUAUGUCGCUUCAACAUUUUGCCAACACAGAAUGCUCUGUCCACGCCUACACUGGACGAUGGUUGCCCAGAAGCAAGUACCACGCAGUGCUGCAGGAGGGGCUCUCUGUCACGAAAGGGACUCCUGGUCCAUCCAGCUGGGCUGGCUGCGGCCGCUCGGCCUCACCUUGUGUCUGGAUGCACCUGUGCACCAUCACUUGAUGCCACAGUCUGCUUGCCCAGGACUUCAGCGCUCACUGAUUUCCCGGGUAGAUACCCCGCAGGGACAAGCACCAACCAGGACACUGGCAAAGCAGCUUCCUGCGGAUGACGCGGACAUGCGGUGCUCUGUCCUGCUUUCCUGACUCUGUGCUGCAGUGCUGAAUUGGGAGUACCAGCAUUUUCCAUGCAGGCGCGUGGACCCCCAGAGCCCAUGUAGAAGCUUAAUUUGACCAUGCGCUAUGACCUCAUCUUGAUCAUAAGAGGAAGUGUCUUGAAAGGAAACAUUGCAAGGUUUCGUUAGCCAGAAUAUAUUUUUCUACAAGCUUUAGAACAGUGAGAUAAUUUUAUUUAAUUUUGCACAAAGCUAUUUUCUAGAUUUUGGGAGCAGAUAGCUUAGAUCAGAUGAAAUCUUUAAAAUUGCAAUCCUAUAUCAAUAUAUGUGUGUAUAUACAUGUGAAUGUGUAUAAAUAUAUAUAUUGUACAUUACGUGUAAUUUAUUUUAGGCUGCAAUAUGUUUCUUUCUAUUCCAAAGCUGAGUAAAAACGAACGAAUUUCUAAUACGAAAAACGUUUGCUUGGGUGCCGAAACAUAGCUACAAAGAAGUGGACUGUACUGGCCAGUGUGGCAGCUCUGCAAGGAUAGUGCCAUGUUUUGCACAAAUGCUGAUGGAAUAUGGUGUGUGUGGGGGUGGGGGGGUGGGGUGUAUUUUCGUAACCAGUGAGGAUUGUGCGAACCCAUUUAGGAUGGGGAUCAGCAAGAGCAGUUUGCAGGGCUCAAUGUGGCCUUUGGUGGAAGAAAAAAGCCCCUCAGUUGCCAACCCAAAAGGCAAGAGAGGUGUGUGUGUGUGUGUGUGUGUGUAGGCAACAAUGGUUGUAACAGUGGAUUUUGCCAGCAACCUACUGCAGGAGGUAUGAGGGAGCCUUGGCUCUCUUCAUAUUCCUUCUGAGUGGCUCUCAGCUAAAACAGGCAGCUGAUAAAUGACAACGGCAGCAAAGGAAGAUGUCAUGGAUUCAGACAGAAGGCUCUUUCUGUUCCUUAAAGAAAUAUACUGGAUGAAAUCAAUACUGGGUAAUUUACAGUGUGUGUACACAUACAUGUGGUCAUGUAUGUAUUAUAUAUCCUUUUCUCUGUGUGUCUGAGCACAUGUGCAAACUCACAUGUUGACAAAUGUUGCUAAUUUUUCAGCACUAUGGCAAUAUUGAUUUCUCUAGCAUGGUCAAACUCUUUAUUUCCAUUUCUUUUGAAAUAAAUUGAGAAGAGUCA